CGUGGUAGAAACCUAUGUUUAUAGCAAAAAGAAUGUGCCCACCCGCAAACUGGUCAAUCGAAGAUAUCGGCGUCUUAGUCGCAGGCACUAUUGGUAUGAUUGAUUUCGCUGAUGUCAUCGUCGUUUGCGCCAUCUCUGUUCUUGAACACCCCAAGUCAUGUGCACUCAUCGUGGCAGGCGCAGGUGCAAUGAUCGUUGGUGUAGGUGAUGAGAACGUGGUUGCAGGUGUCGGUGAGAUUCUUGGAGCUGGUGCUGCUGGUGCGACCGUGGACAACAUGGUGAUUGGCAGCUCCCCUCCUGAGCGCUUGGCCAAGUCAGCACCUCGCUCGAGCCCCUCUUCAAGGAGCGUGUAACAAUCGUUGGACAGGGCGUCCACCUGACGCCAGUCAACAAACUCAUCCAGCUCCG